AUGCAUUCAAUAUCUGACCUUACCACUUAUUGCAGAAAAACUGGGGGCGAUGUUCCAGCAAAACUUGUCGGCGCCUCGACCACCGUUGUCGGUUCAAAAAUGUAUCUUUUCGGCGGUCGUCUAGUCACAGAACGACGUAUGGUCUCUGACCUGUACGUCUUCGACCUCGAAUCCUUUGUUUGGGAGAAAAUACCUCAAUUUACCGACGACGACAUACCUGCAGCACGUUAUUUCCAUUGUGCUGAAACUUGGAACAACCAACUGAUCAUAUUCGGUGGUAUGGGUAACACUCCAAAUUCAAACAACCCAGAAGACCUUUGCGUACUGAACGACGUUCGUUUUCUCGACCUAUCCACCAUGCACUGGCUGCCUGCGUCAUACUCAAACGGAGCAACUUCGGAUUCCAACGCGGAGGGUCUAGUACCUAAACCACGAUAUGCACACCUGUCAUCCAUCACUGCAGAUCGCAUGUUCAUAAUUGGUGGCCAAGAUCUAUCAAAUAUCUGGCUGGAUGAUGUAUAUGUCUAUGAUCUAUUAGGCAAAGCUUGGGUGGAGCAUCGUGAUUUCCCUCAUCAUUGUGGCACUUACCGCAGUGUUGCUGUAUCAGCCGACCUACGUGUACGCUUGCCUCGAGAUGAAAUACGUGCUUCGGACUCGACGUCAACAUUAGGGCCUCCUGGCACCCGCUUCAAGGCUGACAAAAUACCAUCAUCUUCACAAGAAUUUACAUCAUCUGAAUCUCUCGUCCAUCUUCCCUAUUCUACAUUACCCACUGACGACUAUCCAAAUGAUAUCUACCUGUACAGUAACUACAACUUCACCGAUGUCAAACGCGAACUCGAGGUGUUUUCGCCACUCCCUGACACCGACUUUACGAUCAUCGAACGCUCCACAGCAAUGUCAGGAACUUCAUUCCCCCCCGGCCUUCGCUUCCCGUCUGGUGCUAUCCUGGGCACUCAUUUCAUCAUAGCAGGCACAUACAUUGCCCACAGUUAUCAAUCUUAUUCCAUAUGGGCGCUUGACCUCCAAACCAUGAUUUGGUCGCGGAUCGAUCCUGGAAGUGCCGUGGCCACGGGAUCGUGGUUUCGAGCUUGCUUGUGGGCGGAGGCGAACAAGUUCUUAAUCUUUGGAAAUCGCAAUGGCAAUUUGGUAGAAGAUUAUAAUCGUCGUCUUCUCAGCUGGGAUCAUGUGGCAGUCAUUGACCUCGAGGCAUUCGGGAUUUACCAGCCUCCGCAACUGCAAUUGGAUAUCCCGAUGCAGGAGUUUGGUCUAUCAGCACUGGAGGAGGGCGUUCUGACCGAUUUCGAGAUUGUUUGCGAUGAUGGACGCAAGGUCAAAUGUUCAAGGAAAACUCUUGAAGAGAGGUGGCCAUGGUUUAAGGAUCAGCGGCUGAAGUUUUUGGAGCGAGCUCAGCAAGCGAUUGAGAUCAUGCCGUCGUCCUCUAUGGAUGUAGGACUUCCUGAGCUCCCAGGUUCCGUGGAACCCGCAGAUUCUCGACCAGACCCUCGGCUUACUCCUCGAUCCUUCAACUUAUCAGAGCCAUAUCCCAUUACUCUUGCGCUACUGCAGUAUUUCUAUUCGAUGGCCCUCAUCACACCUUUGCAACAUGCACCCGCGGUGUUGAGCCAGCUAUUAGUGCUCUCAAGUACUUAUAGGAUUACGCACUUGGAAUCCUUAGUAAAACAUGCGAUGCAUCGUGCGCUUUCGAAUUCCACCUCUGUCGGCGUUUAUGAGGUGGCAACUCUGUGCAGUUGUCGCAGCCUGCAGAUUCGAGCUCUCAAAACAGUAAUGUCCUACAGCCAGAAAAGGACCGGUCGCUCUCGCACUGAUAGUAAGAAUGGAGGCAGUGGUCGUAAUGACCCUAGUGAUGGGGAGGGCCAAGGUCGCUCGGGUGAUGGUGUCUCCCCCACUGUUCGCUCGAGAGGAGCUUCAGACGCUAAAUUUCCUAGUCCUUCUGAGCAGAACAGUGCAGGAACGUCUUCCAUUAGAGGGUACACAGCGAACCUCAAUAUUCUCACUGAUGGAGCAUCAUAUCAAAUAUCGGCAAAUUCCGUGGUCAAGGCUUCUCAAUUCAAGCGUUCAUCUCAUAAACCUACGCUCUCUGGCAGCAGCACUUUGAAGCCUGCUCGAAGAUCAGCCAUGUCGUACCACAGCAGGUCCUUCAGCGCUGUCUCCGAUUCCACAGACCAUGAAAUCUGUGCAUUCGCAGACCUUUUAUCUCCUCAUGUUUCCAACUCGCGCAGUUUCGGCCAGGAGCAGGAGGAGAUAGGCGUUGCCCUUGACGAGCAAUAUGACGAGUUCCUUCAGAACUCCCCAUAUCGCGUCGGUAAGGCAGCGACGGGUGCUUAUCUACUGGUCACGCACGAGGAACCGUCAUCUCUUGCAUAUACAUCAUCACAAUCCCACUCUCCUUUAUCGAACGUCAAUUCCUUUCACUCAGAAUCAGAGUAUGAGCCAUCAUCAGAUGACGCAUACGCUCAACACCCUUACAUUCCUUCGUACACAAGCUAUCCAUCGUUUCAUUUACCUCGCUCUCGAACUCGUACAAGGACUCAAUCAAGUCCGGGCCAGAUGAAUGCCAGCGACAGCGACACGCCAUCACUUUCUUCCUCGACCACCUCCUUCAGCUCCCUGAGUAGCACUUCACGCUAUGCCACAUCUCCACCCAUAAGUCCAUUAAGGACCCCAGUCGACCAUGCUCCAUCAAGUGGUCAGUACCUCACCAUAAUAGAGGAACCGCUGGUCGAGGAUCAGGAGUAUAACCGGCGUCUCUCUCAAAAUUCAGGGAGCAUCAUAUUUGCCCCAAUGGAGUUUGCGCCCCCUCCUCCCGAAUUACAGCCGAGCGCCAAACCCAAAGAGACACCACGGACGAAAUCACGUCCCGCCAACAUUGACAGCUUGAGGCUGAACGUGGUAAAUUCCAAUUACAUCAGUCAAACCAGCAGAUCAGCUUCGGCAUCCUCCUUGGGCGUCACAUCCCCCUCGGCACAGUCAUAUAAGACUCUCUCGAGUCCUCGCGCGCCCAGUAGUCUUUCAUUUGGCCGUAUGUUAUCGGGGGGUUCAUCAAAAUCCAAAACUGUACCACCGCUGGUGGAGAUACGUCCAUCAUCACCGACGAGCGUUGCUACGAUACGUAAAGAGACUCAGCGGGAGGAGAAAAUGCGCAAGGCUGAUGAGAAGCAGAAAAAGAAGGCAGAGGCGAAAGCUCGAACAGAACGCUUGGCUGCUGAUUUGAAAGAAAAACAAAAGCGAAAGGCUACUGCUCAUGAUAGGCAGUCUGUGCACUCCAACAGAUCCGGGGACCGCAGACAAGCAUGGGACAGUGACGCAUGCAUGUUCGGUGGGCUGGGGGCGCUGUAA